UGGUACGGCUGAACCUCUCUGAAUUUUUUUUUCCAUUACGCAUCAUAUAGUGUUCCAACCAGCCAUUGAUAGAUUACAUUACGUGUGUACUCCUUAAUUACCAUGCGUGGAGAGGAACAUGGGUAAUGAAGAGGACUAAUAAUAAACAGAGGGCAAGAUUGAGUAGCGAUCAGAAUGAAUGGACAUAUUUCAAAUACCCAUCCCGCCGCAUAUGGAAGUUACUCUUCUCAAGUAAACGGAUAUGGGUCACCAGCAUUUUCGCAAGGUGAGAGGGACCAGGGUUCGAAGACGAGCGCCAAAGCUUUGUAUGAGCAAAGGAAAAAUUACGCUCGGGACAGCGUCAGCAGCAUAUCAGAGACAUCGCAGUACCAUGUGGAGCAUUUGACUACUUUUGUUCUUGAUCGGAAAGAGGCCAUGAUCACAGUAGAUGAUGGAAUAAGGAAGCUGAAGCUGCUUAAUGCGAAAGGCAAGGUGUGGACGCAAGAUAUGAUUCUCCAAGUGGACGACAAAGCUGUCAGUCUGGUGGACUUAGAAUCAAAGAACGAGCUGGAGAACUUUCCCUUGAGCACAAUUCAGCACUGCCAAGCUGUGAUGAGCUCCUGCAGCUAUGACUCCAUCCUUGCCUUGGUGUGCAAAGAACCAGCCCAGAGCAAAGCAGAUCUUCAUCUUUUUCAGUGUGAUGAAGUUAAGGCAAAUUUUAUCCAUGAAGAUAUUGAAAGUGCAAUCGCUGACAGCAAAGGAGGAAAGCCAAAGAGGAGACUCGAAACACUCAGGAUGAUUUCCAAAGCUGACAACAUGAUUCCUCCACCUCCGAGAGCGCCAGCUCCUGUCCCCCCAGGUACCGUCACGCAGGUGGAUGUCAGAAGUCGAGUAGCGGCCUGGUCGGCUUGGGCAGCUGAACAAGGCGAUUUUGAGAAGCCACGGCAGUUCCACGAGCAUGAAGAAACAGCUGAAAUGAUGGCAGCCAAGAUCGACAGAGAUGUUCAAAUUCUAAAUCACAUCUUGGACGAUAUUGAAUACUUUGUCACCAAACUUCAGAAAGCAGCCGAAGCUUUUGCUGAGCUUUCCAAGAGGAAAAAAACCAAGAAGAAUAAAAAGAAAGGGCCUGGUGAGGGUGUCUUAACUCUCCGUGCAAAACCUCCCCACCCAGAUGAAUUUAUAGACUGUUUGCAGAAAUUUAAACAUGGUUUCAAUCUUCUGGCUAAAUUAAAGGCUCACAUCCAGAAUCCAAGUGCACCUGAACUGAUUCAUUUUCUCUUUACUCCCUUAAAUAUGGUAGUACAAGCAUCAGGAGGUCCAGAACUCCCUAGUACAGUCCUCAGUCCUCUCCUAACUAAAGAUACCAUAGAUUUUUUGCGCUACACUGUCACCAGUGAAGAAAGACAGCUAUGGAUGUCUCUAGGUGACACGUGGACCAAAGCCAGAGCAGAAUGGCCCAAAGAACAUUUCAUCCCGCCCUAUGUGCCCCGGUUCCGAAAUGGUUGGGAGCCUCCUUUGCUGAGCUUCAUGGGGGUCCCCAAGGAACAAGAGCUCAACCAGUUAGCAGAGUCGGUGGCCAACGUAGCGGAACAGCAGCGGAAGCAGGAGAUGAAGCGGUUGUCCACUGAGCAUUCCAGUAUCUCAGAUUAUCCUCCGUCUGAAGGGUAUGCAUUCAGUAAAACAGCUUACAAAAGAGGGCCUCUGCCGGACCAGGGGGCAGCUGUAGCAGCCUUUAAGCAAAGUGUUAGCCGACAUGUAGAUAGGAACUAUGAAGCGCAUAAAACCCCUCCCAAGAAAUAUGCCAAAACCAAGUACGAUUUUGUGGGAAGGAACCAGAGUGAACUUUCCGUGAUGAAGGAUGACAUUUUGGAAAUUCUUGACGACAGAAAGCAGUGGUGGAAGGUCCAGAAUGCAAGUGGAGUCACCGGGUUUGUGCCAAACAAUAUAUUGGAGCCUCUCAGAACUCAGGAAGCGGGCUGCGCAGAGCUGCCUUACACGCACACUAUACAGAAACAAAGGACAGACUUUGUGGUGAGGCAGCCGGAUCCCACGCCUGCUGCUCCAUCUCCACCUCAGACGCCGCUUCCUGUCUCUCUCCCGCCAAGUGUCCCAGCGCCGGUCCCCGUUCCUGUGCCAAAGGUACCUGGAGCCAUCAGCCGCCAGAGCAGCACAUCCAGUGAUGGUGGGCGGGAUGCCCAGAGGCAGAAACCACCCCCUGUAGACCGAAGGAAAUCCCAGAUGGAGGAAGUCCAAGAUGAACUCAUUCACCGGCUCACCAUUGGCCGGAGCGCAGCCCAAAAAAAAUUCCAUGUCCCACGUUCCAAUGCACCAGCAGUCAAUAUCACCUACGAAUCCUCUCCAGAAGAUGUAAAAAUGUGGCUACAGGCCAAAGGAUUCAACCCCGUGACCGUCAACAGCCUUGGAGUUUUGACUGGCGCUCAACUGUUCUCCCUCAACAAAGAUGAACUAAAGUCUGUGUGCCCUGAAGGAGCGAGGGUCUAUAGCCAAAUUACCGUUCAGAAAGCUGCAUUGGAGGCUAACAGUGGAAGCUCAGAAUUGCAGGAGAUCAUGAGAAGGCGGCAAGAGAAACUCAGUGCGGCUGCCACCGACUCUGGCGUAGAGUCUUUUGAUGAGAGCAGUGGGCACUAAAAUGUCUUUUGUAUUUUCUUUGGUCUAAAAAACGGAGAAACCCCCACCUCACCCCAAUUGUUUCUGGCAUUGUUCAGUCAUGCUUUGUUUUAGGAAGCCAUGAAAGGGAAAUGCCUGGAUGAUUGUUGCUUAUUAUUUAUCUCAAUACAAGUUGAUGCCAUAAAGACCGCAUGCGAAUGGGAAGUGAGGGGAGGCCUCGGUCGCCUUCUCUCUCUCUCCUGGGAUGUAAAAGUAUAGUCAAAAAGGAAAUGUUUUGGGUGGUUCUUUUGCCCCCUAAGGCUAGUGGGGAAAAAAAAUGAGCAUUUCAUCUUUUUCUUCUUUUUGACCCGAACAGGCGAAAUCACAUUGCUGCUUUGAGCCAUUCAUAGACACUGAGCUGGCUAGUAAAAUGUGCUGAAAUCUUGGGUCCAGCAGGAAUCCAAAGGGAAUGAUCCAGCCAGACUUCCAUUGAUUUCAAUGGGGAGUUUAGGGAUAUUUGUACAGCUCUUCUCUUGGAUUCUAUGGGGUUUCAAAGGGCUUCACUGUGACAAGAUCCUUUCACUCCUUCCAUCAUUACAGACCACAGAGGUGGCUUUUCUCUCUCUCCUAUUUCUUAUCACCAAGAGAUGUCAAAAUUUAUUUAAAAGUUCAUGAAUGCCAACAACUAGAGGUUAAAUGUUUUUGAUACCUACAGCAACCCUAAUCUUACAUAAGCACAGACUCAAUUCUUUGGACAGCAUCAUGAGACGGUUUCUUAAUGGAUGUGUAAAUAGCAAAAUAAUUUAUUCUGGAUUUGAAUUUUAAUGCUGUUCCAGUGGGAAUAAGCACAAACCAAUAAAGACACCAGUGAAGGAAACAGUAGCACAAAUCUCAUUUUUUU